UAUAUAUAUUUUCUGCUAUUAGUAAUUGUAUACCUACUUAAUUUCGUUCCAUUCUUCUACAUACACCUUCACAGGAAUGGGAAACAAAGCAAUGAGUAUGCCAACUGGGAAUACUGGAAGCACUGUCAAUCCGACACCAAUGAGUCAUCUGCCGAAUCUGGACAACAUCCCUGCCCCGCCGUCCCCAGUUACUAUCAGAUACUGUGAUUGGAAGAAAUCUGCAGAAGCUGGAUUUAUGGAUAAUGCAAAAGAGUACAUGAGCCUAUUUGUUCAUUCAUCUUUUGCUGAUCAUAAAUCUUGCUUUAUGGAUAAGUGGGAAAAGAUGGUUGCAAGAUUCAAAGGAGCAAAAUCUGCAGCAGGUGGAGGGGAAAAUCCGUCAAAAAAGUGAUCGAUUAGCUAAUUAUUCACUCAUUAUAUCGUAGGUUUAUUUGUUUUAAUAUCUGAGAUGAUCAAUGAUUUUAGAUGUUUCCGAAAAUUAAGAGGAUUUUGUUACUUGGGAGCCUUCUUUCUCUCAAGGUUAUGCCUGAAAUAGUAUCGUUGUAAACGAAUAUUGCUGAUAUGUUAGUAGAAUGCUUCAUGGGUUA